CCCUAGAGGCGCCCGGCAGUAGGUGUGAGGUGAUCUAGCCUGGCUCCCACCGUAGCCUGGCUCCCUGGCAUCUGAUGAUGAGUUUGAGCCCCUCCAGGGGAUGCCUCCUGGACCUGCCCUGGGAAGACAUCUUGGUUCCACAUAUCCUCUGUCAUCUGCCACUGCAGCAGCUCCUGAGCCUGCAGAGGGUCAGCAAGUCAUUCCAGUCACUUAUCCAGCUGUACCUGGCCAACAUGCGCUGCUUUGACUCAAGCCAGAUCGGGCCUGCCAUCCCUCGAGCCGCUUUCAUUAACCUGCUGAAGGACAACGAAGUGCUGCAGCACCUGGCGCUCCAGAACUGCUCCGACUGGCUGACGGACAGGGAGCUGCUCCCAGUCAUCGGGCAGAACCACCACCUGCACCAGAUCCAGCUGAAGGGCUGUGCCCAGCUCAGCCGCCACGCGCUGGUCGCCAUCUCCCUGAGCUGCCCCAACCUGCGCCGGCUUUCCCUGGCUCACUGCGAGUGGGUGGACAGCCUGUCCCUGCGCAGCCUGGCCGACCACUGCAAGGCGCUGGAGGCUCUGGACCUGACGGCCUGUCGCCAGCUGAAGGACGAGGCCAUCUGCUACCUCGUGCAGAAGUGCAGCAGGCUCAAGUCUCUGUCGCUGGCUGUCAAUGCCAACGUGGGCGACGUGGCGGUUGAGGAGAUUGCCAAGUGCUGCCCCGAGCUGGAGCACCUGGACCUCACGGGGUGUCUGCGAGUCAAGAAUGACUCCAUCAGGGUCCUGGCUGAGUACUGUCCCAAGCUGCGCUCACUGAAGGUGAAGCAUUGCCACAACGUGGCCGAGUCCAGCCUGAGCAUCCUCCGAAGCCGUGGGGUGGAGCUGGAUGUUGAGCCUCCACUGCAGAGGGCUCUGGUUCUCCUGCAGGAUGUGGUUGGCUUCGCCCCUUUCAUCAACCUCCAGAUCUAGAACUGCUGCUGCCGGGGAGGGGGGGACUGACGCGCUGCUGGGAUCCUGGGAGGAUGCCGGAACCGGCUGCUGUGGAGA